AUGGCAAAUGGGCUCCUCCAGAAAUCCAACAAAAGUGCUCAAGAGUUGGAAGACAUUGGAGAACAAUAUAUAAAAGAUUUUUUAUCAAGAUCUCUCUUUCAAGAAUUUGAAGACGUUGGUACUUUCGUGACAUUUAAAAUGCAUGAUUUGAUACAUGAUCUUUCAUUAUAUGUUGCACAAAAUGAUUAUUGCUUAAUUGAAAACACAAAUAACUCCAACAACUUUGAAAAGGCUAGGCAUGUGUCAAUUUUGGACCAUAAUAUGGGUGUUGAUGCAAUGAUAGCUUUUUUAAAUAAGUUGAGUAAUAGCAUGCGGGCUAUUAAUUUCUCAUGCGAAGAUUGGGUACCAACUGAACACACUUUUAAUAAUAAACCCUUGGUGGAAACAUGCAUCUCAAGAUUUAAGCAACUGAGGCUGCUAAAUUUAAGAUAUUCAAGGUUGGAGGAGUUGCCAAGCUCAAUUAGUACUUUAAAGCAUUUGAGAUAUCUCAACUUACGGGGGAAUAAGCAAAUCAAGAAACUGCCUAAGUCCAUUUGCAACCUGCAGAAUUUGGAAACAUUGAUAUUACGUGGCUGUGAAGAGCUUGAAGAGUUGCCAAGAGAUAUAAGGAACUUGAUCAGCCUCAGAUAUUUGUCAAUAACCACAAAACAAACUCGUUUUCCCACCGAUGGAAUCGAGUGCAUGUGUUCUCUUCGAAUAUUGCAUUUUGAUAAAUGUCCUAGGCUAGAGUCCUUUCCUGAAGGGAUCAAGUGCCUUACCGCCCUUCGCUUUUUAGGCUUUCAAAAUUGUGAAAGCCUAAACUCUUUGCCACAAGGUUUGAAACAUCUGACAGCAUUAGAAGUUAUGUUAAUUCAAAAUUGUGAAAAGCUUAAUUUGAUAGAAGGGGAUGACUACCCAACAAGUCUCCGAAAACUCAGCAUCGGUAGAUUGCCAAAACUAGUGGCUCUACCACCAUGGCUUAAAGGAUCUGCCAAUACUUUAAAUUUCUUAACUAUCUUUGGUUGUCACAACUUGGUGGUAUUGCCAGAGUGGCUUUCAGAUCUCAAUUCACUUCAAAAACUUAUGAUUCGGUAUUGCCCAAAAUUAUCCUCUUUGCCAGAGGGGUUGGGUCACCUCACUACUCUAAGAGAAUUGGAGAUUGUUCGUUGUCCUAAUUUGAGGAGAAAUUGUGAGCGAAAUAUUGGCAAGGAUUGGCCUAAGAUAGCACACGUCCCUCUGGUCAAAUUGAUUUAA